GCGGGGGUGCUCAGGGAUGCAGGGAGGCGCCGGCAGCCCGCAGGGUGCGCGGGGUGGCCGGUAGCCCCCGUGGGUGCGCGGGGUCCCGGGGGUGCUGGCAGCCCGCGUGGGUGUUCAGGGGUGCAGGAGCGAGCUGGCAGCCUGGGUGGAUGCUGAAGGGAGCUUGGGUGCAGUGACAGGACUCAGGGGUCCGGGGAGUCGCUGGUGGCCAUUGUACGUGGCUGGGUGUGUAGGGGGGUGCUCAAAGCGUGGGGGGUGCUGGCAGCUUGCGUGGGUCCGAGGAGGUCCCUGGGGAUGCUGGCAUCAGGUAUGGGUGCUCAGGGGUGCAGAAGCAUGCUGGCAGCCCGCAUGGGUGCUCAGGGGAGCUUGGGGGUGCUGGUAGCCCAUAUACGUGGCCAUGUGUAUGUGUGUGGAUAUUUGGAGCCUGAGUGGGUGCUGGCAGCUUGCAGGGGUGCCCAGAGGUCCCUGGGGGUCCUGGCAGCCUGCAGCGGUGCCUCAGGUGAGUGUACGGGUCUGCCUAGACCCUGCAUGAGUACCCAGGGGUACGUGCUGGUAGUGCCCUGCAGGGGUGCUGCCAGUCCGUGGGGUUGCCCUCGGAGUGUCUAGGGGUGCCAUGCAGCGUGUGGGGGCACAGCCCCCUGCAGCGUGCACCAAGGUGUGAGGUGCUGGUAAGGGUGCGGGGUGCUGUGUGGCAUUGCGGGGAGGGCAAGCUGGAGGGCGCAGGGAGCCCCACGCUCUGCGGGGUGCGGCCGUGCUCCUGUGUGGGGGAGCUGUGGGGACUGGUGGGGGGUUUGUGCCAAGCAGCCUCCCUGUGGGGAGAAGCCGGGCUGGGGGGACCAGGCCGUGCUGCAAAGUGCUGGAAAGGGACCAUGUCCACCCGGCGCCUCCGCAGUGAGGACUACAACGACUACAGCUCCACGGACGUCACGCCAGAGGGAAGCCCGCCCGGUGGCAUGAACGGCUUCGCCCACCCUGAGUCCUACCAGCGCUUCGGGGAGACCAACGGGACAACGUGGUACCAGACCCUGAUCCACCUCCUAAAGGGGAAUAUUGGCACAGGGCUGCUGGGGCUGCCUCUGGCUGUGAAGAACGCCGGCAUCCUGCUGGGUCCUCUGAGCCUGGUGGUGAUGGGAGUCGUGGCUGUGCACUGCAUGGGCAUCCUGGUGAAAUGUGCCCAUCACUUCUGCUACAGGUUCCAGAAACAGUUUGUGGACUACGGGGGUGCCGUGAUGUAUGGGCUGGAGUCAACUCCCAGCGCCUGGCUGCGGACACAUGCUGUCUGGGGAAGGCGUGUAGUGGGACUUUUCUUGAUCAUCACUCAGUUGGGUUUCUGCUGCGUCUACUUUGUCUUCCUGGCUGACAAUCUGAAACAGGUCAUAUCUGCAGCAAACGGGACCACCAAUGACUGCAACUCGAACAGGACAGUGGCCAUGACCCCCACCAUGGACUCCCGGCUAUACAUGCUUUCCCUCCUGCCUUUCGUGGUGCUGCUCACGUUCAUCCAGAAUCUCAAGGUCCUGUCCAUCUUCUCCAUGCUGGCCAACGUGGCCAUGCUUGGCAGCCUCGUCGUGAUCUACCAGUACAUCGUCAGGGACAUUCCUGAUCCCAGUGACCUGCCUCUAGCAGCAGCCUGGAAGACCUACCCUCUGUUUUUUGGCACCGCGAUCUUUGCUUUCGAAGGCAUCGGGGUGGUGCUGCCUCUGGAAAACAAGAUGAAGAACCCCCGGCAGUUCCCAGUCAUCCUGUACGUGGGGAUGACCAUUGUCACCAUCUUGUACAUCAGCCUGAGCGUCCUGGGGUACCUGCGCUUCAGGGCGGACAUUCAGGCCAGCAUAACGCUCAACCUGCCCAACUGCUGGCUGUACCAAGCCGUCAAGCUGCUCUUCUCCUUCGGGAUUUUCUUCACGUACGCCGUGCAGUUCUAUGUGCCCGCUGAGAUCGUCAUCCCUCCCCUCGUCGCCCGGGUGUCGGAGCGCUGGGGCUGGCUGGUCAACCUGCUCCUCAGGGUGGCCCUGGUCAGCGUGACCUGCGUGCUGGCCAUCCUCAUCCCACGCCUGGACAUCGUCAUCUCGCUGGUGGGCUCCGUCAGCAGCAGCGCUCUGGCUCUCAUCUUCCCUCCGCUGCUGGAGAUCGCCACCUACUACGCAGAAGGCAUGCACCCCCUCGUCAUCGCCAAGGACGUCGCCAUCAGCCUCUUCGGCUUCGUGGGCUUCGUGGUGGGGACGUACGAGGCGCUGGUGGAGCUGGCAGCGCCCGCUGCCGCCGUUGUGAACACCACCAGUACCAUGGUGCAGUAACGGUCCCUCUGCCCUGCCGGCCCCUCCGGAUGCCGUGCUGGGGGUGCACGGGCACCGGGCGCUGCUGAUCUCCUGGGAACGGUCUCCCCUCUCGGGAAACGUGGUGGGUUUGGUCUGUGAGAGGACGGGGCUGCCCACCGUCGCGGCUGCCCAUCUGCAGCAGGGUCCCGUGCUGGGCUCCGGCUGGGGAGGUGGGAUCUGGGCUGGGGCAGUGCCUUCCCUGGGGGCUUUUUGGGCAGGUGAUACAGCAAAACAGCCCCCUCAGUACCUGUGUAAAUAGUCACUUUGAGAGGUGAGGAAUCCUGUGGAUGUAGAUUAUUUUAUUUUAUUUUAUUUUUUUUAAAUCCCAACCUUUCUGUAUUUCCCCCGUCCCUUCAGUCAGGACGGGGAACAGGGACUGCUCUUUUUUGUGCCAGUUGUUUGUUUUUUUUUUUUUUCCCCAGCACUUUAUUUUUACAGCAACAGAAAAACCUCAGCUCAGGUCGGAGAGCAUGGAGCUGCCUCCUCACCUCAGCCUUGUGGGGAGAGCGGGCAGAGCCCAAGGUGCGGAGCACCCUGGGGCCCCCCAGCUUUCCCACAGUGGGAUCCCCAGACGUGGGCGUUGGGUCCUGCUGUGCUCCAGCUCUGUUUCCAGCCGCCUCGGGGGCUGAGCAGUGCCUGGAGCUGGGCACCGGGCACGGCACCUCCCUGGCUUGGGAGGAUUUGCUGAUCCCUGGCCCAUGCUUUCAGUAGUGACACUUCUUUUUCCCCAUCUAGCACGCAUACCUAACGUGUCGCUUUCAGAAGCGUUAGAGAACUGAGGUGUGCACAGAGCCAAAUGGUCUCUGCCCUAACAAGGGUCCGAUCCGGUUGCCUUUGGCUGGCAGCCCUCUCUCUGUGUGGGACGCGGUGUCCCUGGGGGUCACCGCAUGCUGCCCGCACGCCGCAAAAAUACAUCACCUUGUUUACAGUGCCCGAGCUGGCCCCGGCACGCUCCAUCUGCAUCUGCAGGCCGAUACUGAAUGUCAAAUCACAUACAAAAACCCCAUAAUGUGGUGGUUUUUUGUUUUGGGUUUUUUUUUUUUACCCUUUCUUUCCUGGUCCCACUCCCUCUGCAUCCUCUGCCUCCACCUCAGCUCCUGUCCCCAGGUAGGAUGCAGCUCUCUGGCACUUCUCCCUGUGCUCCUAUUGCUUCUUGGGUUGUGGCUGGUGCAUGCCUGGGAGGGACUGUCCCCGCUAUGCUGCUGCUUUCGUUCUUCUUGGUGAGCCCAGCUUCCUCCCUAAAGAGUUUCCUUGCCUU